GAAGAGAAGCCUAAGGUGGGCGUGAAGACCAAGAAUGACCACAUCAACCUGAAGGUAGCAGGGCAGGAUGGCUUGGUGGUGUAUUUCAAGAUCAAGAGGCACACCCCACUGAGCCAGCUGAUGAAGGCCCACCGUGAGUGGCAGGGCUUGUCUAGGAGACAGAUUAGAUUCGGGUUUGGUGGGCAGCCCAUUAAUGAAACAGAUGCUGUAGCGCAGCUGGAGAUGGAGGAUGAACACCCCUUUGAAAUGUUCCAGCAACAGAAUAGAGAUGCAGCCUCCAGAGGGACCAUCCUGUACCUUGCAUUCACUGUGGCAUGGUGA